ACCACUACCCACCAUAACCAAAUAAACCAUGACCAAGAUCGAUGCCCUCCGUCGAUUCCUCACGCCCUGCUUCUUCCCCACCUCCACCACCACCACAACAUCAACCACCAUUCCAACCCACCGUCCAAAGAAACGCCUCAGCACCUCGCUACGAGACGAUUACCCACAAGACCCCCCAACAAAACCCCAACAAACACCCAUUUCCCAAGAAAACCACCAAGAUUCCCAAUCUUCUUCUCCCACCACCACCACCAUCUCCGCCGCCCCUCCCCGCCCUUCCAAGACCAUGGUCAUUGGCACCAUCUUCGGCCACCGCCGUGGCCACGUCUGGUUCUGCGUCCAGCACGACCGCCUCUCCACUAAACCCUUCCUCCUCCUCGAGUUGCCGUUGUUGACUCACCAACUCGUCAACGAGAUGCACUUCGGACUAGUCCGCAUCGCCCUCGAGUGCGAUCGGCCCGAGCUCGCUUCUUGCCCUCUCCGGUCCGUCCCGGUCUGGACCGUCUACUGCAAUGCGAGGAGGCUCGGUUUCGCCGCGAAGAGAAAAGCGAGCGACCGUGUCCGGUUGAUGCUCAAGACCAUGCAAUCGACGACGGUCGGAGUCGGAGUCAUUCCUACUGGGUUCGGGUCGUCGGAGUCGGAUUCGGAGGAGAUUAUGUACAUGAGAUCUAACUACGAGCACGUGGUGGGAAGUGCUGACUCGGAGUCGUUCCACCUGAUCAACCCGGACGAGUGCGCGAGUCAAGAACUCAGUGUUUUCUUGCUCAGAUCACGGAGUGGAAUUUCCCAUUAAGGGCAUUUUCGGUAUAAGUUAUAGGAACCCUUUUUACGUUUCUUCUUCUUGGUUUUAGAGGGGACCAAAAAAAAAAAAAAAAGUUACAGGAAUUUUCUUUUUUCUUUUAGGGAAAUUAGAUAUUUUAUUUUUUAAGGAAGAGCCUUUGGAAAAAGUGAAAACUAGGCGUUUUCUAGUUUUGGAUUUUAGAAAUUAAAAUCCUCAUAGGGGCUUGGGAAGAGAAACUUUUCUCUUUUGGGUUGGUUCUUGAUGAAGGAGAGAAAAAAAAUAAUUGUUAAUAUCAUGUAAUAAUUUGUAGCCUGACUAGAUUUUUUAGGGCUUCUUUAAUUCUUUUACAAAACAAUCUUUUGUCAACUGG